CUAAUUACUCUGUCUCUCUCUCUCUGUCUCUCUCUCUCUCCACAACCACACUUCACCAAACCCAUCACCAGAGUUAGAGAGCGAGAGAGAGAGAGAGAAGAGUCCUCUGCAACUCUUUCUCCCUCCGGAAUCCGGCGAAGACCCAUCAUUCUACGCCUUCAUACAAGAUCCGGGUUCCGGUUACUUUCCCCCGGACACCUCUUCUUUCUGCACAAUCAGCCCCACCAUCAUCAUCACCUUCGAGCCCGGUCAAAUUGUUGUGGCCACCUGGUGAUCUUGUGUCGGCUACAAGACGUGGGGCGACAUGGACCCCUCCAAUGCCUCGUCGGAGCCUGCCACCGAGCUGGCCUCCCUUCUCUUCGAGAACAAAGAGCUGGCGAUGAUUCUGACCACCUCCAUCGCGGUCUUCAUCGGGUGCGUCGUCGUGUUCUUCUGGCGCCGAUCCGGCGGCCAGAAGGCGAGAUCCUUCGAGCCCCCCAAGCCCCUGAUUGUCAAAGACCUCGAGCCCGAGAUUGACGACGGUAAAAAGAAAGUCGCCAUCUUUUUCGGUACUCAGACUGGUACGGCCGAAGGUUUCGCUAAGGCAAUGGCUGAUGAAGCAAAAGCUAGAUAUGAUAAGGCGGCGUUUAGAGUUGUUGACCUGGAUGAUUACGCCGCUGAUGAUGAGGAGUAUGAGGAAAAGCUGAAGAAGGAGACCCUGGCCUUUUUCUUUCUGGCGACAUACGGAGAUGGUGAGCCAACUGAUAAUGCAGCAAGGUUCUUUAAGUGGUUUACUGAGGGAACAGAGAGAGGAGAAUGGCUUCAAAACCUGCAAUAUGGAGUGUUUGGUCUUGGCAAUAGGCAGUAUGAGCAUUUUAACAAGGUUGCAAAGGAGGUUGAUGAUGGCCUUGCUGAGCAAGGUGCGAAGCGUCUCGUGCCAGUGGGUCUUGGGGAUGAUGAUCAGUGCAUCGAGGAUGACUUCAGUGCGUGGCGGGAGUUGGUGUGGCCGGAGUUGGAUAAUUUGCUACGCGAUGAGGAUGAUGCUACAAGUGCUUCUACUCCUUAUACGGCUGCUGUAUUGGAAUAUAGGGUUGUGUAUCGUGACCCUAUGGAUACACCGGCUCUGGAGAAAAGCUUAAGCAGUGCCAACGGUAAUGCCGUUAUUGAUGCUCAACACCCAUGCAGGGCUAAUGUUGCCCUAAGGAAAGAACUCCACACUCCUGAAUCUGAUCGAUCCUGCAUUCAUUUGGAAUUUGACAUUGCUGGGACUGGACUUGCAUAUGAGACCGGGGAUCAUGUUGGUGUUUACUGUGAGAAUCUAAUGGAAACUGUUGAUGAAGCAUUGAAUUUAUUGGGUGUGCCACCAGAGACUUAUUUCUCCAUCCACACCGAUAAGGAGGAUGGUACACCAUUUAGUGGUGGCUCAUUGCCUCCUCCAUUCCCACCCUGUACAUUAAGAACAGCCUUAUAUAAAUAUGCAGAUCUCUUGAGUUCACCGAAAAAGUCUGCUUUGCUUGCAUUAGCAGCUCAUGCUUCUGAUCCAAAUGAGGCUGAUCGGCUGAGAUAUCUUGCAUCACCCGCUGGAAAGGAUGAGUAUGCACAGUGGGUAGUCGCCAGCCAAAGAAGCCUCCUUGAAGUCAUGGCUGAGUUCCCUUCUGCAAAACCGCCCAUUGGUGUUUUCUUUGCAGGAGUUGCUCCGCGGCUGCAACCCAGAUUUUACUCAAUCUCCUCCUCUCCUAGGAUGGCGCCCUCUAGAAUUCAUGUUACGUGUGCACUAGUUUAUGGAGAAACACCAACAGGAAGGACUCACAAAGGAGUUUGUUCAACUUGGAUGAAGAAUGCUGUGCCAUUGGAUGAGAGUGAUCAAUGCAGUUGGGCUCCUAUUUUUGUGAGGCAAUCAAACUUCAAACUUCCUGCAGAUUCUAAAGUACCCAUUAUCAUGAUUGGACCAGGCACUGGAUUAGCACCUUUCAGGGGUUUCCUACAGGAAAGAUUAGCUCUGAAAGAAGCUGGAGUGGAACUCGGACCAUCUAUACUUUUUUUCGGCUGCAGAAACCGCCGAAUGGAUUUCAUUUAUGAAGACGAACUGAACAACUUUGUUAAAGCUGGUGCAGUGUCUGAGCUUCUUUUAGCCUUCUCCCGUGAGGGACCAACCAAGGAAUACGUGCAACACAAAAUGUUAGAGAAGGCUUCAGAUGUUUGGCAAAUAAUCUCCGAUGGAGGCUACAUAUAUGUUUGUGGUGAUGCCAAAGGCAUGGCUAGGGACGUCCACAGAACUUUGCACACAAUUGUUCAAGAGCAGGGAUCUCUCGACAGCUCAAAAACUGAGAGUCUGGUGAAGAAUUUGCAAAUGACUGGUAGGUAUCUGCGUGAUGUGUGGUGACGCACACCUCCUCUGUAAAACCAUUUUGGAGAGGGACAGAGAAAAUAAAACCACGCAACAUUUAGUCUGGGUCACGCAUAAAACCUACCGUUGGACCACAAAGUCACAUGUGGUAGGCAUAGCAAACUUAUUAUGUAAUUCUUUUUAGUCUCCUGACACAAAUAUAAGGUGCUAUUUAUCGCUGUAGUUUUACGCAUACAGAUUCCUAAUUGACAAUUUAGACACUAGUUUGUGUAUCCUCCAAUUUUUAUUUUAUAAUCCCUGAAAGAGGUCAAAAUGACAGUUAUGCUGUUUUCCAUACAA